AUGGCGGCAGCGUCGCGGCGGCUACGGGACCUCCAAUCCCAGGUGGCGAACAAGAUCUGCGUCGACUGCUCCCAGAAGAACCCGCAGUGGGCCUCUGUCUCGUACGGCGUCUUCAUGUGUCUGGAGUGCUCCGGUAAGCACCGUGGCCUUGGUGUCCACAUCUCCUUCGUCCGAUCCGUCACCAUGGACUCCUGGUCCGAAGUCCAGAUCAAGAAAAUGGAAGCUGGAGGGAACGAUAAGCUCAACGCCUUUCUCGCUCAGUACUCUAUCCCCAAGGAGACAGACAUAGUCACUAAAUACAAUACCAACGCCGCUGCCGUUUACCGCGAUCGGAUCCAGGCAAUUGCUGACGGCCGUCCCUGGCGCGAUCCACCGGUCGUUAAGGAAAACCUCGCCGGCAGCAAGGGGAAGCCACUGCUGACGCAGACGCAAAGAGCUGGAAACGGAGGAUGGGACGAUUGGGACAACGAGGGGAUUUCGGCGGAUAUCCGGAGCAGGUCGACCGGGGACUUCAGGAACUUGAACGGGGCCGGCGCGCCGGCGAGGUCGAGGUCGACGGAGGACAUCACGCGAUCGCAGCUGGAGGCGUCGGCGGCGAACAAGGAAAGCUUCUUCGCGAGGAAGAUGGCGGAGAACGAGUCGCGGCCGGAGGGGCUUCCGCCAUCGCAGGGAGGGAAGUACGUAGGGUUCGGAUCCAGUGCGCCCCCUCAGAGGAGGAACGAUGCUCAAAACGAUUAUUUAUCUGUCGUUUCGCAGGGGAUUGGGAAAUUGUCUUUGGUUGCUGCUUCUGCUGCUCAAUCUGCGGCUCAUGUUGUUCAGGCUGGCACGAAAGAGAUCACAUCUAAGGUCAGGGAAGGUGGUUAUGAUCACAAGGUCAAUGAAACUGUCACUGUUGUCAGUCAAAAGACAUCAGAAAUUGGACAGAGAACUUGGGGCAUAAUGAAAGGAGUUAUGGCCAUGGCCUCCCAGAAGAUCGAGGAGUACACUAGAGAUGAUCCAAACUGGAAGACUAAUAACUGGCAACGAAAUGAGAGCGAAAGAAAUGGUUAUUAUCAGGAUUUUAACCAACAGAACAAAGGAUCGAAUUCUUCUCUUGGAAGAGAACAAUCUUCAUCAGGGCAAUAUAUAAGUCACAGCUCAAGCUCUGCGGAGGAUUGGGAUCACCACCGAGAUAGCAGGAAGGAAGAUCGUGCGAAAGGAUCAACUCCUUCUCAUUCAUCAGGUGGACAGUCUAGUACCUACAACUCAAGCUCUUGGGAUGAUUGGGAACACACAGAUUCUAGGAAGCAACAACCAGCUAAAAGAUCAGCUCCCCAUAAUAAUGAUGAUUGGGCUGGCUGGGAUAAUGCCAAAGAUGAUGGAUUUGAUAGUUUUUACCAAGGUGAAUCGAAUAAGAAAGGUGCUGGUCAUAAUGGAAAAUCAGAUGGCACUUGGACAGAGGGAGGCUUUCUAUGA